AUGAAGAAAAGCAGAGGUCAAGUGACCUCCUGUGUUGCUAAUGGCAUCAUGGAGUCCCUCUUCCCUCCUCACCACCCUGGGUUCUUAACACGCCUGCGCCAUCUGGUGGCGGGGCGGUGGAACAACAACUCUGUGUUCCGGGCCAGACUGGGAGGUUUCUCUGGGUCCACAGGUAAAUGCUGGGAUACUCGUUCCAACAACACGUCCAAGCCCAGCCAUGCUGUGGACGCCCACACAGCGGAGGUCAACUGUCUCUCCUUCAACCCCUACAGUGAAUUUAUCCUGGCCACUGGCUCUGCAGACAAGGUCCAGUGGUCGCCCCAUAACGAGACCAUCCUGGCGUCCAGUGGUACUGACAGGCGACCCAACGUAUGGGAUGGCGUAUCUAAAAUAGGAGAGGAGCCGUCCGCAGAGGAUGCAGAGGACGGCCCUCCUGAGCUGCUGUUCAUCCGGGGAGGACACACAGCCAAGAUCUCUGACUUCUCGUGGAACCCCAACGAGCCCUGGGUCAUCUGCUCUGUGUCUGAGGACAACAUCAUGCAAGUCUGGCAGAUGGCUGAGAACAUUUAUAAUGAUGAGGGUCCAGAGGCAGGAGGAGACCAGGAAGUCACAGCCUGAGUGAACCAAUCAGGUGUGACUCCACCCCCCUUCCCAAUCCAAGUACUCCGCCUUCCUUUUGUACUCUGAACAAUAUCAUGUGGCACAAAAUGCUGCUAUCUAUUUCCCUUGGGGUUGUCCCCCCAAAAAUUGAUGUGUUCACCUGAAAUGUACACUCAUUCACUACUUCUCACAGAUCUAAAAGGAUUGGAUUGGUGGAGGUAUGGGAAUGUUCUACCAUAUUUCUUAUACCACUUAUUUCCUUUCAAAUCAGUGACAGGGAAUUUAACAAAGUGUAUACUUUGUGCGGAAGGUGAGAUAAUUGGGACGUAGCCAGAAACUACUUUUCCCUUGGCUCACAGGUGAAAGUGUUACAGGAGCAAACUCCUCGCUUGCUCUC